AGUGAAGGAUUUCCCGCCAUUCUGUUCUUCUCUCCUUCACUGCAAAUGCAACGCAACGCAACCGUUUCAGAUGAAGACGAUAACAAUCACAAAUUGAAAUUGAUUUGGUACACAAUUUCAAAUGUUGCAAACCCUAGUUGCACCCGCAAGCUUUCGCUUCUCGAAUCGAAUAUCCCUCCGAAGCUUCACUGUUCGUGCAUUCACUUCCUCUACCGAUUAUGAAGAUCAGUCUCGUGGUGGCCUCCCUCGAUUCUUCUCCGAAACUCUCCCUCCUUCCAAGGGUAAUGUUAUUCGGGUAAAAGGCGAUGAAUUCUGGCACAUGACUAAAGUAUUGAGGUUGUCCACCAAUGCUAGGGUACAGCUCUUCAAUGGGAAAGGGGGUCUGGUAGAAGGGUGCAUACAGAACAUUGACCGCACUGGACUUGAUUUUGUUGCAUUAACUGAUCCCAAGUUAGUACCUCCACAGAAUUCACAAUUGCAUGUUUUUUCUGGUUUUGGUACUCUGAAGGGUGGCCGUGCCGACUGGCUUGUAGAGAAGUGUACAGAACUUGGAGCCAGUAGUGUUACUCCUCUAUUGACUGAACGUUCUCCGUCAAUCUCACAAAAUCGGGUGGAUAGACUGGAACGUGUAAUUUUAGCAGCAUCCAAACAAUGCCAACGACUGCAUGAAAUGAUCCUGAAACCUCCUGUAGAGAUUGGUGAUAUUUUGCAUCUUAUUGCGCAAUCAGAGCUAUCUCUUGUUGCAACAGCAGAAGCAACUCCUGUUCUUAAUGCAUUGUCAUUGGGAAAGGAAACUAGUGGCUUACUCAUAAUCGGACCAGAAGGCGAUUUCACUGAGAAAGAAGUGAAUAUGAUGAUGGAAGCAGGUGCUAAAGCUGUUAGUCUCGGGCCUCAUCGUCUUCGAGUUGAAACUGCUGCAAUAGCACUUUUGUCUACUGUCAUGUUAUGGUCUGACUCUCAGCAAACUUCAGUCUCUUGACUCAUCUGUAUAUUAUGUUGGGUCAGACAUGAUUAUAUUCUACAAACAAUAUAUAUUUUGUAUUACUUGUCUGUUAGGUUUAAUUAUUCUAAGUUCACAUUGGGGAUGAAGAUAUCAAUUAUCUAUUUGAUAGUUGGGUCUUGAUCUAUUUUUAUCAGAAUAGAUUUGUGUU